UUUACCGUUCAUUGCCGAAGGUGCGCGUGAAGUAUUUUCCGAUUUCUGUUAACCAUGUCUCGCGGUUACGGUGGCAGUUCCAGCAGGCACGGAAGAGAUGACCGGAAUGGUGGUGGUCCAAUGCGAGGCCGCUAUGGUGGAGAUCGUAAUGAUAAUUACCGUCCACCUUAUGAUUUGAGAGAGUCAUCAUACGGUCGUGGAGGCGGUGGGAAAAAGGAACUUGGAGAGAACCUCAAGCGUAUCAAAUGGGAUGUAUCGUCGUUAAUUCCUUUUCAAAAGAACUUUUACACGCCUACGUCGAAGGUGGCUAGUCGCCCGACCGCAGAUGUGGACAGAUACCGCGCUGAGCAUGAUAUCACUAUGGUCGGAAGGGACAUUCCGAAGCCUAUCGUGACUUUCGAAGAAGCCAAUCUCCCAGACUUUUUGAUGGACGAGUUCCAAAAGCAGGGUUACACAGCUCCAACUCCAAUCCAAGCGCAGGGAUGGCCGAUGGCACUGUCUGGAAGGGACAUGGUGGGAGUGGCGCAGACUGGAUCUGGAAAGACAUUGGCAUAUUUGCUGCCUGCUUUCAUUCACAUCAAGCACCAACCGCGUUUGGACCGCGGGGAUGGACCCAUCGUUGUGUGUCUUGCGCCAACCCGUGAACUCGCGCAACAAAUUCAAGACGUUGCCGCCCAAUUCGGCCGCUUUUUUGACGUGAGAUCCGCGUGUGUGUUUGGUGGAGCACCGAAAGGCCCGCAACUUCGUCAGCUGUCGCAGGGUGUGGAGAUCCUUGUGGCCACUCCUGGACGUCUUAUAGAUUUCCUGGAACUAGACAAGACCAACUUCCGGCGUACUACAUAUCUGGUUCUCGAUGAAGCGGAUCGAAUGUUGGACAUGGGUUUCGAGCCCCAAAUCCGUAAAAUUGUUGGCCAGAUCCGCCCGGAUCGACAAACCCUAAUGUGGUCUGCAACUUGGCCCAAAGAAGUUCGGAAACUAGCUGAAGAUUUUCUUACGGACUACAUUCAAGUUAACGUUGGAUCUCUACAACUCUCAGCCAACCAUAGCAUUCUUCAGAUCGUGGACGUCUGUCAGGAAUGGGAGAAAGACGAAAAGUUGUUCCGGCUUUUGGAGGAAAUCAGCCAAAAUCGCGAACGCAAGACUUUGAUUUUCACUGAGACAAAGAAAGGCGCAGAUGAAUUGACCCGAAGAAUGCGACGCGAAGGCUAUUCAGCUAUGACAAUCCAUGGAGACAAAUCUCAACCUGAACGAGAUGCUGUCCUUAACGAUUUUCGCUUUGGCAAGACGACGAUUCUUGUAGCGACAGACGUUGCUGCCCGUGGACUGGCAUCCACGGCUGCAAUCGAAAAGGACAUGCGGAAACGAAGCCCGCUGUCAAAAUUAUGUGUUGCCCCAGGAUAUUUGUUAGUUGUGCGAGAGAGAGAGAGAGCUGGAAGUGGGCUGCCCGAGCGGAUGAGUUGUUGGCACAUGGGGUGUGGCAUGCUUUGCCGGGGUCGUAGGUGCUGGCCAAUUUUUUCGACGGAGCGGAUCUCGGCUGCGUCUCUUCAUUUUUCUAUCCCACCGCUGGUUGGUUGGUUGGUUCGUUCGUUCCGAGACAAUUUCAGCACGAGGCGACCCCCGCCGCAUGCCGACGCCGUUUCCAACGCAGCAACCGCCACGAGGCUAACACGCAUUUCUCUUGCGAAAGAUGUGGAUGAUGUGAAAUUUGUCAUCAACUUCGACUUUCCAAACUCCUCCGAGGACUACGUGCAUCGAAUCGGCCGCACCGGAAGAUCGAACAAGACUGGAACCGCGUACACGUUCUUCACGGAAAAAAACUCGCGGCAGGCGAAGGAUCUUAUUGGGAUCUUGAAAGAAGCCAACCAAGUCGUGAACCCGAAGCUGAUGGAUUUGGAGUCAAGAGCGAGGAAUAUGGUUGGGAGAGGAGGUGGGGGCAAUAGGCGCUGGGGUGGUGGUGGCGGCGGCGGAGGUUACGGAGGCGGUGGUCGUCGCGGCGGCGGCGGUUUUCAGGGCAGCUACGGAUAUUGA